AUGUUAGGUCAUGGCAGUAGUGUGGAUUGUCGAUUUCUCGGUGGCGGUGAAGCGCGGGGGAAGUUCAAGAAAAGGAAGUCUUUUAAUGGAGUAGCUUCCAAGAGAUGGUGCUUUUGCAAUCCCGAGUUGAAGAGGAAAAAUCGGGUCGCUAGCUUACACGGUCGAAGGCAAACAGAGGACUCCAUCAAGAAGAGCUUUAGCUCCGUCGAGAACAACCACCUCAACUCCCGUCCGCCGUCCUCCUCCUCUUCAUCCGCCUUCCUGCGUGCAGGAUCUUUUGCGAUGCUGAGACUAUCGUAUCGAAAGCUAUGCGCACGAAUUAAUGGAGGUGGAAAAAGGACGUCUUUAUCCCAAAUUAGUAGUUUUCAUUCUAGUCAUACUUCUUUGUCACCAAGAAGCUUCUUUGGCGUGGAGGAUUUUCUCGAUGAUGACAAUAGCCGACCCUACACUUACCAAAAGGAGAAAAAAUCCAAGACUCCAAACAAGCACGUUUCUUUCAAGCAGCGAACUGUAGCCUACAUGGAGCCGUUCACGCUCGAUGUUUUCAACUCAAAACGAUUUGUGUCAGCUUCAAUAACCCACCGGGUGACCUGCAAGCAGGUUGUUGUUGCCAGUACCAACUCAAAAGAUAUUAAGGCUGCACUCAAAUCCCGUUCAGAUAUACCCGCUUGUUUGGUCGUGGGGCGAAUUCUUUCAGAUAGGGCCCGGGAAGUUGAUGUGUACACGGAUUCUUAUACUCCGAGGGAAAGGGAUAAGUUUGAACGGAAAAUUAGGGCGGUUGUUCAGUCACUCAUUGAUAAUGGUAUCGAUCGGUCGGAUUUCGGUGACGGCGCUAGCCCCGGAAAGAUUUUCAUCGGGGGUCUGGCUAAAGACACUACUUUAGAUACGUUUGUGAAGUAUUUUGGCAAGUAUGGGGAGAUAACGGACUCGGUAAUAAUGAAGGAUAGACACACUGGUCGACCUCGGGGUUUUGGUUUCAUAACUUAUGCCGAUCCUGCUGUUGUUGACACGGUUAUAGCUGAAACACAUGUCAUUAAUGGAAAACAAGUUGAGAUUAAGAGGACUAUUCCUAAGGGGUCUGGUGAUUCAAAGGAUUUCAAAACAAAAAAGAUUUUUGUUGGUGGUAUCCCCACCCCUGUUUCAGAAGAUGAGUUCAAGGGUUUCUUCUCAAAGUAUGGGAAGGUGGUUGAACAUGAGAUUAUUCGAGAUCAUGUUACCAAGAGGUCUCGUGGGUUUGGAUUCAUUGUGUUUGACAAUGAACAAGUCGUUGAUAGUAUCCUAGCUGAUGGAAAUAUGAUCGAUAUGAAUGGUGCCCAGGUUGAGAUCAAGAAGGCUGAACCAAAGAAACCCUCAAACCCAACACCUGCUCCUCCUUCCUACGCUAGUGAAUAUAGGGGACGUGCAUCAUAUGCCGAUAGUUACAGUGGUUUCGGAAGCUCCUAUAGUGGGCUUGGCGGUGCCGGUUUCGGCCCGACAUCCUAUAGGUCAAUUGGAUCGGGCUUGGGUGGUAGGUUCAGUGACUAUGGAUAUGGUGGCCCGAGUGAGUACACUGGCCGGUAUGGGGAUUAUGGGAGUAGUGAGUUUGGUUACCGAGGGGACGGCCCGCUUGGCUAUACGGGCCGUUUUAGUUCUUAUGGUGGGGGCUAUAGUGGUGGGGGCUAUGGUGGUGGGCCCGGUGCCUAUGCCCGUGGUGGAGGAGGUGGUGGUUAUGGGGGUUAUGGUGCGGGGUCAGGUGCAGGGUAUGAUUCUGGACCUGGCUCGAGUUAUGGUGGAAUUGGAGGUGGGAUGUAUGGUGGUAGUAGAGCCUCAGGCUAUAGUGGGAGUAGUCGUUAUCAUCCGUAUGCCAGGUAG